AAAAACAAACCUCGUGUGCUUUACCAUGCUUUACAAGUCUCGCAUACUCACUUUAAAAGUAAAGUUAGGUUAGGUUAGAUUAGGUUAGAUUAUAUCACUCACUUUCAGAUAAAUGGAAAGCAGCAAUUAAACGAAUCUGACAAAAAUAAGCGUCGAUCUGGUCUGGGAAGCGAGAUAUUAAUCGUGAAAAUUGACGAAUAUUCAGGUUAGAAAACCUGUCACACCGACGAAACAUAGCGACAUGCUCCCGAACACAAGUAAAGAACAAGUAAACAGGAGGAGCCAUUUGGUUUCAGAGAAGAUUAAAUUAAAAUUUCCUCGUGGUUUCAAACACUAGGAAUAAUUGUUUUGUUGUCGCACAAACGUAAUAAUAAUAACACCCAAUAUACUCGACAGCCAUGACAACACAACUGAUUUUUCUGUAAUCGUUUUUACCAUUAUCCGUUUUAUCAAUGUGGUACAACGUUACUUAGCGACGUUUCCUUCAAAGUCCAAUUCCUGUUGGUUCUGCCACAAAGUGACUAACAUUUUCACUGAUUAUUAUCAACAAUUAAUCGUUUACGUUUAUUAUUAUUAUAUAAAGUAUAUUCGCGCGUUUGUGCAUCAUUUUCGAUUAAAUUACUAGACAAAACAUGCUCCAAAAAAUGGAGAAGACAAAGAAAAUGGACAAAUCGCUGUUGGAUCCUCAUCGAGAAUUUUUGGACAUGGAUACAGAUGAGGAAGAUUUUGCUCGACAAGAAAGUCCUGAAACUGAAGAGGAGCUUUCUUCCGAACCGAUCAAACCCAUUUUUGAUGAACAGGAUUUAGAUAAAUUAGUACAAUAUGUAAAAGAUCUCACGAUUCUUUCUUCCAUCGAGGACUCUGAUUGGAAAGAGAAUGAGUGCCUUACCACGAUUCGCGAAUAUUUUGAGAAUCCAGCUUCUACAUUGUUAUGCGUAUAUUUUCAAAUUGAUACAUUGAAGGCACGAUUAAGCAUCUUGGACGAUAAUCAAAGUGAUUUCGUAUAUUUCUUACGAAUACCAUGGCAUGUGUUUACAGUCGACAAUUUUCAUGCCACGGUCAUUUUCGGUAAUAUUACGCAUAAUGCAGUAAUGUGCGUGUUGAAAGUAAUGGAAAACAUGUACGUGACGAUCGCACGCAACAGUGGCGAGUGGCCAGAAAUUAUCAGAAAUAAUCUGUUCUUCAAUCUAUAUAAUUUUUUAUUACGUUUAACCGAAUGGAUUUACAAGCCAAUGGAGUUGACCAAGUUGUAUGUGCCGAGAGAAAAUCUUGCUGAUAUCGUGAUAUCACCGAAUUUGUCAGAGAUAAAUGGUCCGCAUGUUUUUAAGGAAUUGCAAAAAUUAGAAAAAGCAUCGAUUGACAGAUUUGAAAAAAUUGUACAUUAUUGGAUCAAACAGAUAAGACAAGUAUUGGCGAACGUAUCCAUGUGCAAAAGCGGACAAACGGUAUUCGAUGUGCUGCAACAUUGGACGGCGAGAUAUUUUAAUUUGAGCUGUUUGCACGAUCAGUUAUCGAAUAUGGAAGUUCAAUCGAUAUUACAUGUGUUAGCGAACAUUCGUUCACCGAGCGUGGACUCCUUUCAAUUUUUGACAUUAAAGCUUCACGAAGGAUUAAAACAAGCUGCGUCCAAUAUAAUGUAUCUGAACAUUCUAUCAGAUGCUUGUAACAAUUUGAAAUGUCCGGACGAGAUGGAAGAGCCUAUGAUGAAAAUAUUGUUCUUGAUAUUGUUUAUUUGGACAGAAUCGCCGUUUUAUAAUAUAUCGAACAACAUAGAGGUACUUUGUGAAGCUAUAAGCACUCAAAUAGUACAACAAUGUAAAAAUUAUAUUAAUUUGCAAGUAAUAUUAGAAGGCGAUGCAGAAAGUGGAAUAAAUAUACUUUGGAAAUGCAUCUCUUGUUGCCAAACAUAUAAAACAAUAUAUAAUAAAGUUACGAAGAUAACUGCACUCAUUGAAUCGAAUAGUAUCUGGGACGUGAAUAAACAAUUAAUAUUUAAUUCUAUCGAUACGUUUGUGCAGAGAUGUCACGAUAUUAUUGAAAUAUGCAAUUUUUCAAUAGUAUUUGGGAGGUGCAAUAAAGUAGGAAUGAUUGGUGGUCCAAGAGGUAUUGAGUACGAUGCUUAUUGUCGUCAAAUAGAGAGCCUAUUUCAUGAAAGCCUCGAUGAAAUCAAAUUGAUCAGUGAUGACAUUUUGGAUGUUACAAAAUCUUCGUGGCUAGAAAAUAUGCUCAAGUUUAGAAAUUUUGUAAUGGAAUUAGAAAGUAUGAUUAAAAAUUUGAUUGAUUGUAUAUUCGAAGAGAUCAAGAACGUAGAAGAAGGUAUCGAAGCUAUUUAUGUUUUACAACGGUUUAAAUGUAGACAAUCCUUGCGAGACAUAUUGUCGAGGAAAUGGAUGCAGAAUACAUUUGUUCAGGUUUGGGAAAUAUUUAGUAAAGAAAUAGAAAGUUGUAGCGAUAGUAUGAUUUUACAAACAUAUUAUACACCAUUCCCAUACUACUCGGAAAAUGUAAUUAUGCAUUGUAUUAGACACUAUUUAGAAUGGCUGUUUCACAUGAUGAUGAAUAUAUCUGAUUGGAUUGGAAAUUGUGAAGCUGAAAAAUAUAUAUUGGAACAAUACAAACGAAUAAUGUGUCGAUAAAAGAAACAAACUAGUAUUAUUUAUAAUAAAACAUGGUGUAUAUAAUUAACUUUAAUAAAAAUGAUAGAAUAUAGUGUACAA